CACGUCUCCUCAUGAGCACUCAUGUCGCCAUCUUGCCUUCAGGUCUCUUCGUGUGUUUGAUCCCCAGACCUUACUAGAAUUCGUUUCAGGAUCCAUUGAUCAGAGUCGCUCUCAAUUCCUGAGGCUACCUCAUCCCCGCACGGGUAUGCAUGCCGAGCCACAGCUGGCACCUUCUUUAUGCCUCCCUGGAUGCAGGUCUCCCGUGUCUAUUUCUUCCAUCCAGCACUUCUGCAGAAGGAACGAAUCAAACUAUUCUUGAGCUUCAGGCUGUAUCACCGCCUAACGAAAGGUCUUGGUUUAUAGGUCAGGAUGUUGUGGCAGAUGGCAAACUCCUGCUCCUCACCCCAAUUGACCCGGCCUUUCUUCUUAUCCCAAUACUACGCGCGGUGUAUCCUCCCACCGCCAAAGGGGACAAAGGGCUUUUCCGACCAAUGGACGAGAUAUUUGAUGACGCCGCCGACAACCUGGCUGAAACCACGCAAGUCUCUGCCGACAAAGAUACUCAUAUCUCGAAAGACGAUGUACAGGCGUUGACUUCCCUCCCUUGCUGUCACAGCGCCAUGAAGCGCGUCUGCGAUUUCCAAGAUGCUACAGAAGACCUGGCGGUUUACCGCUUUUCUACGGAAAAACUGGUCUCAUAUCUUCGAUGUAAAGUGGACCGCUUGGCGACCGCAGAAAUGACGGAAGUCUCUCGUACUAUCAUCAGGUCCUUAGCGAAGGACGGGCUGAUGGAAACUGGCAGGGAAGAGUUGCUUCGAGUGGGUAGAAUCAAGGCAGCAUGCGACCUGAUAUCGCAGUACACGCCGCCAGAUAUUCUCGAGCUGCUCAAAGCCUCUUACGAUUUCGCGGCCCUCGACUCUUACUUCAAGACGAUGGAGGAUGAGAACAUCGCGCUCCUGGCGAACGACAAGCCGGUCAAAGCAAAGAAGACGGCUGCGGCGCCGACCGAUAAAAAGCGGAAAACUGGAGCUUCGACUGGCGUCGAAAAGCUCAAAAAAGCUAAAACAACUGGGAUGCCAAAGUUGUCCAAUUUUUUCACGAAGAAGGCGGCUUCAUAGUUAAGAAGAGAAUGAGGUGGAUCUACUCGGUUUUGAUUGAUUCUCAUGACGCUGUAUCGGCUGAGACGGAUGAGCGGAGUUUCUCGUAUGAACACUCCGUAUGGUCUACGUAUUCGACGCUGCUAUUCAGCUGCCGGUGACUGGUCGAAAUUCGUGUUCUUUCUGUCCACAUGAGGAAGCACGGCUUACGCAUUCCGCUCCGGAAGACCGACACCUUUUUGUCAUGUGAUAAACGCGAUCAGGCUUCGUGGCUG